AUGGUGAAGGAGAAGCUGCCUAGCUGGGUCCAUCAGGACUCGGAUGAAGGCCUAGUCCAUGUGAACGUUGGGGGACUUAAGAGGAGCCUCUGUUCCAGCACUUUGAAGAAAUUCCCUGACACCAGACUGGGAAAACUGCUGGCCUGUGACUCCGAAGAAGCUAUACUGGAGGUGUGUGAUGACUAUGACGUGCAGCAGAAGGAGUUUUACUUUGACAGGAAUCCUGGCCUGUUCCCCUACGUCCUGCACUUCUACCAGACUGGCAAACUUCACAUCAUGGAGGAGCUGUGUGUCUUCUCCUUUAGCCAGGAAAUAGAAUACUGGGGCAUCAAUGAGUUUUUCCUGGACACUUGCUGUAGUUACCGCUACCACGAUCGCAAGCUGGAGAGCAGCCGGCAUCGCAGCUGGGACGAUGAGAGUGACGUCAGCAGCAUAGACACCUCAGUCGACGAGAUAUCUGACUUAAACAGAGAUAUUCAGCAUUUCCAGGAAGUGCGUUUUGGGAACAUCAGGAAGUGUCUGUGGCUAACCCUGGAGAACCCCGGCUACUCCAUCCCCAGUAAACUGUUCAGUCUGCUCUCCAUAGGAGUGGUGCUCACAUCCAUCGCCACCAUGUGCAUCAACAGCAUACCGGAGUAUCAGACUUUUGAUGCUGAUGGAAAGCUGAUUGAGGACCCAACCUUGCAGGCACUGGAAGUUUUCUGCACCUGCUGGUUCACCUUUGAGGUGUUGACACGGCUCCUCCUAGCUCCUAACAGGAGGAAGUUCUUCCGUCACCCUCUGAACAUGAUCGACAUGGUGUCUGUGGUGCCCAUCUACAUCACCCUGAUCUUUGACAUGACUGUAGGAUCAGAGUCUGAACUGGGAGACCUGGGACGACUCAUACAGGUAUUCAGGCUGAUGAGAAUCUUCAGAGUUUUGAAGCUGGCCAGACAUUCGACGGGGCUUCGCUCACUGGGAGCCACACUGCGGCACAGUUACCGGGAGGUCGGCAUCCUGCUGCUGUACCUGGCUGUUGGAGUGUCCGUCUUCUCCGGUAUUGCUUACACAGCUGAAUAUGAGGAGGAUGUUGGCCUGGACACCAUCCCGGCGUGCUGGUGGUGGGGCACAGUGAGCAUGACCACGGUGGGCUACGGGGAUGUGGUGCCCGUCACGGUGGCUGGCAAGCUGGCGGCCAGCGGCUGCAUUCUCGGCGGCACCCUGGUGGUGGCGCUGCCCAUCACCAUCAUCUUCAACAAGUUCUCCCACUUCUACCGCAAGCAGAAAGCCCUGGAGGCCUCGGUGAGGAACAACAACCGCAGGAGGCUGAGGGUGAGAUGUGAAAACCAGGAAGAGGAGGAUGAGGAGGAUGAGGAAGAGGGUUCUGAUGGAGAUAGCUGUUGUCUAGACGAUGAAGAUGAUGAUGAUGAUCUGGACGAUGAUGACAUAGAUUUUGAGGAUGACGGAGGUGUGGUGAAUUACAGCUACGUGGAGCAUCCGUCCUACACAUCGACAGCAAGAAAGAAGGAGCUCUAUCAGCUCUGAGGAGGGGCUCAGCUGAUGGCUGUUGAAGGCUGCGUUCACACUCCAGCUGCAAGAGUUAGUUUUCCCCCUGUAGCCCUGUUCACAAAGGCAGUUCUUCGCCCUAGGCCAAGGGCUUAUAAAGUUUGAAACAUCCCAUAGACAUCUGGGUAUUAAAUAUCCUUAUAAUGUUGCUUAGCAUGACUUCAAAUUGCAUGAAAAUACAUAAAGAGGCUGACUGCAAAGGCAUCUAUUAGUGUGUCUGAGUCUGGGAAAGCAGGAAAACCCUUUAAUCACCAUUUGGUAAUAAAUAAAAAAUAAAAAAAAUGAUCAGAAAACCAUCAUGAAGUUUCAUCCUCACCCUCUCACCCUUCCUGGAAACUGUGUGCCAGAGGCCUGCUUCCCUCUUUGAAAACCUCCACCCUUCCAAGAUGGAGAGCCACUCAAACUGGUAUCGCAACUGAUAUCAUUUCUCACACACACACACACACACACACACACACACACACACACACACACACACCAAACUGGUGUGUGUGUGUGUGCACCAAAGCCUGCAGUGUGAACAUUGCCUGAGACAGAGGAAGUGAACUGAAUGUAAGAGCUGUAAUUAAAAUGAGCCAAACCUGAACUGAAACAGUCUGAACAAACAUGAACCAAACCAUAUGGAACUAACCCAAAUUUAUGUGAACAACUGUGAAAAAAGUCAUUUUCUGGAAGUAGAGGAGAUGUUUCUUAUUUCACCAAAUCAAUAUGAUGUAAUACUAAGCCCCGGUGUCCUUCAGCCAACUACCAAUCCAUUUCUUUUAAUGAGUGAAAAGAGAGCAAAACCUGACCAUGCUGGAGAAAUGCAGCAGCAAGCACUGUAUGCAGGCAAAAAAGGGACUUGGGCAGUGGCUACAUCUGUAUGAGCCAGAGGUGUUUUAGCAAAAGAGCAAAGAACAGAACAUCAGCUGAAGCCAUUUUGUCUGUUUUCCACCAUAGAGAUUGUUUCUAAGCUGUAUGAACGGAGAAAAGUCAUCACUGAAUCUGAUUUCAACACCAACAAGGAAUGAUCAGCUCUG